UGUGUGUGUGUGUGUGUUACACAGGCAAAUCCCAUCCAGUAAGAGGACCGGGGUUGAGGGACCUCUAUAUAAACCACGGCGCGUCUCCUCUUGGUUACUGGCGCUAUUACGCACUCGAGCCACCGCAAGCGGAGCCACUCGAAACCGUAUCAAGCGUGACAAUGUCUCAGGGAUGGGGAUACGGAGCAGAUAACGGACCUGACACAUGGCAUGAGAAGUUUCCGAUAGCGAAUGGACCUCGCCAGUCUCCCAUCGACAUUGUGACCGCUGAUGCUCAGUAUGACCCUGAACUCAGGCCACUCACACUGCAUUAUGAUCCCUCAGUCUCACUGGAUAUCAUCAACAAUGGACACUCGGUCCAGGUCACUUUUGCAGAUGACGAGGACGCAUCAACGCUGACAGGGGGACCCAUAACCGGAACUUACCGACUUAAACAGUUUCAUUUUCACUGGGGAUCAAGCGAUAAUAAGGGCUCAGAGCACACUGUUGAUGGGAAAAUGUACGCUGCUGAACUUCAUCUAGUUCAUUGGAAUACAGCAUAUCCCAACUUUGGCGAAGCUGCUAGCAAGUCUGAUGGCCUCGCUGUGGUUGGAGUCUUCCUGGAGAUUGGUGAUGAUAAUUCUCAAAUCCAGAAGGUUCUUGAUGCACUGGAUGCCAUUAAAGGAAAGGGAACACAGUCAUCAUUUGCAGACUUUGAUCCCACUUUGCUGCUGCCUAACACUCUGGACUACUGGACAUACGAUGGCUCCUUGACCACACCCCCACUGCUCGAGAGUGUUACAUGGAUUGUCUGCAAGAAGUCAAUCAGUGUUAGCCCUGCACAGAUGGAGAAGUUCCGUGGCUUGCUCUUCUCAGGGGAGAAGGAGCCUGAGUGCCAUAUGAUGGAUAACUACCGCCCACCCCAGCCUCUUAAAGACCGCAAAGUUCGCACAUAUUCUGAAUGAGCUGCUUCAGGAAUCUUAAGCCUGCCCCCGACCCCCCGACCGUGCUUGUUUUGACUUUAGAAUAAUUUCCUGCCAUCUGGCAAAAGCACUAUGAGUCUUUGCUUCUUUUGCUUUCUACUUUUAAUAUAUUUAGUCAGAGAAAGAUGUUUGCUUCUGUGGGGAUAGUGUGGGUAUAUUGUUGAUAUAUCAUCACAUUUUACCAAAAUCUAGAAACAAGCAAACCAAAAGUCCAACUCCAUGCAAGACAAAAUGUCUACACAUAUGUUGCCUAAAACAUUUGCACAGUACUAUAUGUGUGUCAUGGCAUCAUUUCUACACCGUCAAAACAUGUGAUAUCUGCACAAAUCCCUCAGAGAAGUGUAGUGGCAAAUACUUGUGUAUGGAAUCCUCGAAACAAAAGUUUGUUUGACGUUUGAUGUCUUCUAGAGCAGCUUAGAAUGAACGGUGAUCUUUGUGUAAACGUGUAUGUAGAGUGCUCACUUUUUAAGAUACUGUAUUUAAUGUACACAAAGUUGCUGCUGGUUUAUCCUUAAAGGAAGGGCUAAUGUUAAAGAAAUAUGCAUACUGUCUUACCCCAGACCACAGUCAGGUUAUUGAAACGUUUGUUCAGCAAAUUUUGUUUUUAAGGUCCAGUUUCUUUUCUCAUUUUGUCUCAUGACGUAAUGGGACCCAAGAAUUUGUGCUGAUUAUUUGAACUGAAAGUGUCAGAUAUGAUGAUUGUAUUAGAUCUGAAGUGUAUUUAAUUAUUUAGGAAUCUUUAGGACUACAUUCUGAUAAAUGCUAUAUUAUUAGAAGAGUUUAAUAAUAGAGUAAUAGAGUUUAGUAAUAAAUAUGUGAUCUGUAUAUUAGAUAUGUUUUAAUGUCAAUUAAUGUGCACUAAAUAGGACAGCUAAUUAAAAACCAAAUAACUUUUACACUAGACUGUUUAAUUGAUAUUUAUAUUCAUUAAAAACUUUGAAUGAA